UAGCUCCUUGUCCUCCUCCACCUCCUCCUUCUCUCUUCCUCACCUUCUCUUUCCUGGGAGCACCUGGGUAGUGUUCACUAGGCAAGUGCUCCAACACCCUAGUUGAUUAACUCAGGAAAAAAUAGAAGCUAUUAUUUAUUGAUCAAUCUGUGCCCCACAUGAAUGAAGUUCAUGUGUUCUUUCUUUAGUCCUUACAAACAGUCCUGUGAGUAUUAUUAUCCCAACUUUCCAGCUCUGGAAACUGAGGCGUAGGAAGAGAAGGCAACUUGCCCGAAGUCACAGCUGAGGACAGUAAUUAAGAAUGACCCCUUAUGCCAGUAAACACCCCUGGGAUUCUCAGACUUACCCCAGGAGGUACAACUCCUUAGAAAAACACCGAUGAGAGAUCAGACAUCAGGAUUAUGCAGUUGGAGCAGGAAGAGGAAUGUGGCCUCACAGGUCACUCCGUGGCUGCCAGAAACCACCGGUCCCCAUUGUGCACAAGUCCUCCAAAGUCAACCUUGUCAUUACGCAGAUGCUGUCAGAGGCCGUGUCUGAACACCAUGCCAAAACAACCAGUCCAGAAGGAACAUUCGGUCAAUCUGUCUUGUCAGAAAGCCAAAAAAGAAGACAUUUGUUCGACUGAAUUCAUGGUUACAAGAGCUCACGUAGUCAACAGCCACCACAACAAAAAUGUGUCCAUUCCCCCCCUCCCAAGAUCUUCGUCUUAUCUCCAUAACCACUGUGGAAAGCAGUUGAGGGCAAGAACUGUGUCAUCUUCUUCAUCACACUGGAUCACCCUUCUGGGGUCCCAUGUGGCCAGAUUCACCUGGAAGCCUGGGGACCCAGAGCCUGUGGAUGUAAUGCAUUUCUGUCAGCCUCCCAGAACACAGAAGACUCUAGAAGAGUGGAAAGUAGAGCCAGAGGAACAGACAGAAGCGCUGAGCUGGAGCUGUGUUUCUUCAUCUCCAAGAAGAGGGGUGGGGGGUGAGGUGGGGGUAGAGGGUGGUACAGUGAAAUCAUGGAUGCAGAAGGACUUUGGAAAAUGUCAAGCCUUUGUGUAAGGCAGCAUUGCUUAUUGUUUCUAACAGUCUUUGUCCCAUGCCAAGCAUUUCAGGAGGGCGCUGAGCUCUCCAAAUCACCCUCCUGAACUCCGUGGCAUACCUUUGAACCAAGCCUUAUCAGUCUGUUUAAAGAAAUGCUCUCGCUCUCACUCUCUCUUUCUCUCUCCUACUAAUGUAAGAAGCACCUCAGGAGGUUAAAGACCUGUCUUGACUGGAAGAAAGAAUCACUGUUUUCCACAGACACAGAUUUAUUUAAUGGGAUUUGGGUUGUGCAGGGGUGUUUUGGUCAUCUGAAGGGAUUUUUCUAUUCUCAGGACAUGAAAGUAACUGCUAUGAAAUAAAAUUUGACUUGACUAUUACGUCACAAGAAGUAAACAUCAUCUGUUGGCCUGAUGGCUUGGAUGCCUCUCUCUAAACUGCUUCUGCCAAAGGCUUUGAAAUGUUUGCUUUUGGGCUGGAUUCAACCAUCAGAAUAUUUAGAGAAGCACAUGCUGAAGCCCCACAAAGCAGAUCCCUCUCUUGGUGAAGAUAAACCUGCAAAGCUGUGGUUUUCUCGAAGCCGCAGAAACAUGUCUCGUUCCUUCUUCCACCGCUGCUCCCUCUAAAUGUUAUCAAAAGCAAAGGUCUUUCUUUGUUAUUGCUGCAGAUGUACAGUUUUAGCAGUAGA